ACAAGAAACAGCAUCUGAGCCUGAACCGUUUAAUUUUUUUGGAGGAUACGCUUACUGAAAGCAAGCAGACGGAGCAGGUGAAUUUUCGCAUAGCUCACAAUAAGGUGAUUGCACGCUUCACCAUGGACUUUCCAGAUGAUCCCAUUGGGUUUAGGGACCACAGACAUUAUCGAUUUUACAACGAGUCUAUUUUCCAAAACAACUUCAGUGCAUAUAAUGAGACAGAUGGCUUCCUGUCCACGAGUGUGAAAAUCACAAUUGUUGUGGUAUACAUGAUCGUCUGCGUAGUGGGACUCGUGGGAAACUGUCUGGUCAUGUAUGUCAUCAUCAGGUACACAAAAAUGAAGACUGCCACCAAUAUAUACAUCUUCAACCUGGCUCUGGCUGAUUCUCUGGUCCUUGCCACACUGCCAUUCCAGGGAACAGAUGUCUUCCUGGGCUUCUGGCCCUUUGGGAAUGUCCUGUGCAAGGUGGUCAUCUCCAUUGACUACUACAACAUGUUCACCAGCACCUUCACUCUCACCAUGAUGAGUGUGGACCGCUACAUCGCAGUCUGCCACCCGGUCAAAGCUUUGGACAUGCGGACACCACACAAAGCCAAGGUCAUCAACAUCUGCAUCUGGGUACUGGCUUCUGCCAUCGGGGUGCCUGCUAUGAUUCUGGGGGAUGUGGAGGUAGAGGCAAAUGACGAAGGCAUCGAGUGCAUCGUGGUUCUGCCCGACCCUCGCAGCUCCCCAGUGUUUGGCACCUGCGUGUUCCUCUUCUCCUUCCUCAUCCCGGUGGCCAUUAUCAGCGUGUGCUACAGCCUGAUGGUCAAGCGUCUGCGCAGCGUGCGCAUCCUGUCGGGCUCCAAGGAGAAGGACCGCAACCUGCGGCGCAUCACCCGCAUGGUGCUGGUGGUGGUGGCCGUGUUUGUGGUGUGCUGGACGCCCAUCCAGAUCAUGGUGCUGGCCCAGUCUCUGGCGGUCAACCUGGGCAGCCUGCUGACCGUCAUCCUCAUGCACUUCUGCAUUGCCCUGGGUUACGUCAACAGCAGCCUCAAUCCCGUCCUCUAUGCCUUCUUGGAUGAAAACUUCAAGCGCUGUUUCCGGGAGUUCUGCUAUCCGUCGGCCUUCCGCCUGGACAUGCAGCAGUCUGGCCGCAUGCGGAGCAUCGCCCGGGAGGUGGCUUACAACUGCAAGGCCGCGGACGGCAACAGCAACCCUGCCUGACUAGGCGUGGAGCUGCCCCUUGUUGGCACACAACCACCCAAAGCAGGCAAUUCAAACACUGAACUCACGCAAAUUACUGCCCUCUAGCGACACGAGGGUCCCCAUAGCUAUCUAUGCUGGGGAACCUCUUUGACACAACUAUUGGGACUAAGGGGCUUUAAUCAGUGUUUUAUCUGGUUUGGACAUUGUCAGCUUUGUUUUCUUUCCUCUUCAUUUUGUACAGUGAAUUGAGGCUUCAUUUAUUGUUAAAUUGAUUAUUUGUCAUUGUUAGCACUCUGGUUGCUAAGAUGAUUUCAAUGGCCUUAAAUAUUCUGCAGUAUAUUAAAGUUAUCCUUGAUGAGUGCUUUUUGUUCAUUGCUUUGCUCUUGCUGACAAAACUUGGGACACUGUGAAGAAAAGACUUUAAGGAAGGAGAAAGACUUUAAUUAAACUUAGAGAUUUAUUAUAAUUUUGUAAAAUAUCAAAUGCUUUAUCUAUUGUUCUGGAAGUAUUUGUUAUCCUGUAAAAAAUAUACAAUUAUAUAGAAUUUAUAUAUACACACAUACAAACACUCAGUGACUACUUAUACCUGUACACCAGCUUGUUAUUGCAAAUAUCUAAUCAGCCAAUCACAUAGCAGCAACUCAAUGCAUAAAAACAUGCAGACAUGGUAAAGAGGUUCAGUUGUUGUUCAGACCAAACAUCAGAAUGGGGAAGAAAUGCAAGACUUAGUAAAGUAACUUUAUUGAAAACAUACUUUGUUGGUGGCAGAUGGAGUGAUAUCUCAGAAACUGUUGGUUUCCUGAGAUUUCCAUGCACACCAGUAUCUAGAGUUUACCAAGAAUGAUGUGAAAAAAAAAACAAACAAACAAACAAAAACAUCCAGUGAGCAGCAGUUCUGUUGCCAAAAAUGCUUUGUUAACGAGAGAGGUCAGAGGACAGCAAAUUACUUAAAAUAACCAUGACAGUGGUACCUGUAUGCAGAAGAGCAUUUCUGAACACACAACACUACACUACCGCUGCAGAAGACAAAUAAGUAAAAAAAGUCUAAUAGAGUGGUCACUGUGUGUAUACUAUAUUCUGUAGCAUUGUUUUAGCAAAAAAAUUAUGACAUUUAAAAAAGCAUUGCAGAAUGAAAUUCAUGUGGUAUUAUAUUUACAUGAACAUAUAAAUGAAUAUAAGUAUGAAUAUUGCUAUGGUCAUUUUGAUACAUUACCUCUCUAUUUUAACAUGUACUCAGUCUCUGAUCUAGUAUUGUACAUGUGCCCCUUUGUUUCUCUAUGUGUGUAAUGCAGGGACAACAGUAUAUCCGUUUACAUUUCCGAACAGUCGAAUGUUAAUAGACCUAUUCUAAGCCAAAUCUUAUAAAUAUUUAAUGGAAAACAUAGAGAUGAUGGUUGGUCUUGUAUUUGAGAUUUGUUUUGUUCUGUACUGUGUAUAUUUAUUGAUUUAUUUCUUG